AUGAGUCUACGCGCUAUUUGCUCCCCAAUCGUGGAAAUUUUACAUUUACAUACUUUCUUUGAUAUCUUGUAAUUUUUCAAGUAAUAUAUUAAAAUUAAAUGUAUGCGUUUUUAAUUUUGAUAAACUUUCUCAAUAAGUCAACAAGUCAGUUCUUUGACUUUUUUCUUGUUGUUUGUGCCCAGCGGCGUGCGUGCGGUGUACUUGUGUGUUGCAGAGGAGCAUUUUAACGGCAUUUACAGGAAAUUAUCGGCAAUAAUAGGCGAAAGAGAGUAGAGAAACAUUAAGACUUUGCAUAUGACUUUUGCGUAUGAUAAGCACACUUGUUGGCAAUGCAGUCAUCAAAAUAGGAGACCUCUUAUCAGAGUUUGGAUAACUGCAAUGGGAUAUGAAAUAUAAUAUCAUAUGCGUUAUAUAUCUAUGAAUAUUGAAAGCGAUAAAUAAAACUUAUAUCUUGUUAUAUAUCUGACGUCCCCGCUAAUGCGCCGUUCGAAUUGUUUAUUAUAGCGCUCGUUAGAUGGCGCGCACGACAAUGCAAAUGGCCUCACCCGUUGUCGAAAUGUAGUUUCACAACUUCUAAGGAACUGUGCCGAAGAAGAAGUCAAAGUUAAUGCAAUUGAUAGCUCUGCACUGCGGUCAUAUUGUCAACAACGACAUAAAAAUACACCGACGCUGCGAGUGUCACCAGCAAGACCAGUGUAGCGAGAAAGGGCAAGAAGACCAAGAUCCACAGUUCCCUGACAGAGGAAGAGGAGCAGAGCAUGGUGGAUUGGCUGGCAGAAAACACUGUCUUCUACAACAAGAGGAUGAAGGCCACGAGGUUCAGCCCAAGACAACUAUGAAACAGAAGAUUGCUGUCACCACUACCUCUAUCGGAGCUGCACAAGAUGACGAGGACAUUGGUGACGAUGACAUUGACGACACACUCAUUGAGCCGUCUCAACAGACACCAGGAAGCAGCAAAGCAUCUGGAGAGCAACAGACACCAGGAAGCAGCAAAGCAUCUGGAGAGCAACAGACACCAGGAAGCAGCAAAGCAUCUGGAGAGCAACAGACACCAGGAAGCAGCAAAGCAUCUGGAGAGCAACAGACACCAGGAAGCAGCAAAGCAUCUGGAUAG